GACGCAACCAAAUCAGACGCUUGGAGAAAGUUUGACUAAUUCGCCGCUAUUCAUCUGUGCGUGCACAUGUGGAUUACUGUAGCAAGCCAGAAGACACGCGACCUGUGAUUUUGUAUGUCCUCACUUCCUCAGGAAGCGGGUUUGUGUGAAGACCUCCUCUCCUGAAGACACCAGAGGCACUGUCCAGCAUCCCGGCCACUCGUCUCCAGCUCUGCCACUGGACAGCACCACUCCGGUCACUCUGGUCCGAGCCCCCUGCUGCCCCAGGCACUCUCUCAGAAGACCACUCUCUCUCUAUCUCUCUCUCUCUCCCUCCUCUCUCUCUCUCUCUCUCUCUCUCUCUCUCUCUCCUCCACACACCUGGAGCCAAGAUGGACGCCCUGCGUGCUCUCCUGCCUCCGCUGCUCCUGUGCGCUGCCAUGGUAACCGCAGAUCCCAGUGUGGGGUGCCACCUCCUGGAUCUCCCUGGCGACGCCAGCAGCUGGAUCCGGGUGCUGCACCCGACGCCGCAGGGCUGCUCCAGCAGCUACGCCCACCUCAACGGCGCCGCCCUGCUGGACAUCCACAUCCUGCGCCUGGACUUCACCGCACCGCCCAAGGAUGGCUAUGCGAUUUGUCAGGUGAACCUUCCGUCAGAGUCCAAGCCCUCCAGGAUGAUCUUCAGCAUCAGAGGCCUCGCUGGCCCUCUUUAUCUCAACAUCCAAGGAGACACCAGCAACAUCUCUUUCCAUGUCCCAAAGACGGUUCAGCGACACAUUCAACCAGCUGCACUACAGUCCACAUCAGUACAAGAGGACUUACCCCUGGACACUGAUGACCUCUUGAAGUGGGCAACUGAGAAGUUCGGUGGUGUGACAUCCUUUACGGAGGUGCAAAACCCAACGACCUUCAAUUUCACACAAAGUCCUGCCUCCGGGUCCCAGUGCAUCCUGAGCCCCAGUGAGAGGGUCCCCAUGGAGGUGGUGCAGCAGCCCUCCUCUGUCAAGUCCUGCUACCUUCCCGCCACCCAGCAGAAGCAGCUGCACAUCAUCAACAUCCACGAGGGCACGGGCAUCCGCCAUGUGUACGUGCAUGCCGCCUCAGCAGAUGUGCAGUUGUACUUGAGAGGCCCCAAGGACACUGUGUGGGAGGUGUCGGACGCUGAGCAGUUUGUGACAAAUGGCCUGAUGAAGUUGGCUAUUCCUGGGCAGCCCCCGAUGGCCUUUAUCCCAGGAGGGCUGACGUUCCUGGGGGGCCCCCAGGAGCUGCAGCAGGAGGCCUCGGGCUACUUCAAGAUGAGCUCCGUCACCAGCUACUCUGAGAUCAGCACCAGGGCCUCCACCAUCCACGUGGGCAUCGGGGUACUGGCAGAUACGGUCGAUCCAACGUCCGCAGCAGUUCUUCCAGCUACAACCACCACCGAAUCUCCCAUGAAGAUCCACCUGUACAGCUCACCUGAGUACAGGGCCCCACUUGACCCCAAGACCCCCCUCCAGACGGACAAGAGGAUCUACGCCGAGAUCUCGGGUCAGAUGCUGGGCGGCGUGGAGAUCGGCAGCGAGGUGGUCAAGUGUGUGGUGCGCUCCAGGGACGUGUGUGUGCUGCAGAUGGACGUCCCCUUCCGGCCGGAGCCCUGUCCAGCCACCGGCUGCCCUCCGCACCGGACGCGGCUCAGCUUCUCCCUGGAGGCCGUCCACAACACGGCGCCCAGCGGCUGGGAGCUGGACUGUGAAGUCCACUACUGCAACAUUGCCACCAAGACGUGCUUCCCAGAAGGAGCGAGGAAUGUCAAGACCACCCUGGAGGUCGUGCGCACUAAAACUCCGCCAAUAGAGUGUCCUGAGUUUGGCCUGUCUGCGGUGCUGGGGAUAGCCUUCGGGGGCUUUCUCAUAGGGGUGCUGCUGAUCGGUGCGCUGUGGUUCAUCAAGAUCCGUACAGGACGCCCGGGGGCUCUGGCUAUGGGAACGACUGCAGCUCAUCUCACAGGAUGCCAGUGUUGUCUGACUAAGCGCCAGCCGGUGCCCAGUAACGCGUCUCCCUCGGAGAACAGCAGUGCCAACGCCAGCAUUGGCAGCACCCAGAGCACCCCCACCAGCAGCAUGGCAUAGGCGCGGGCAGACGGGCGCCUCGUCUCUCGGGCCAGACAAC